AUAGUCUCUCAAGCAUCUGUCUCUUAAUUCUGCCUUCCCUUGUGAAGUUAUCAUCGUCUGAUGAAGGAAUUGUAGGGUUUGCAACGAUGGGCACUGCGAGGAGGCAAUUGAAGGUCAUGCUAUGGAAGAACUGGCUUCUCAAAAUUCGUCAUCCGUUCGCAACAAGUGCCGAGGUUUUGCUCCCAACUUUAGUGAUGUUGCUGUUAAUAGCUGUAAGGACUCGGGUUGAUACACAAAUUCAUCCGGCGCAACCGCACAUCCGAGAAGAGAUGUAUGUAGAAGUGGGCAGGGGUAUUUCUCCUAGCUUCCAACAAGUUUUGGAAGUUUUGUUGGCCAAGGGAGAGUAUAUUGCCUUUGCCCCUAAUACAACAAAGACUGAGCAAAUGAUAGACAUAAUGUCAAUGAAAUUUCCUCUCUUGAAGCUUGUCAGUAAAAUAUACAAAGAUGAGGCAGAGCUGGAGACUUACAUACGCUCAGAUGUUUAUGGUAGCUGCAAUCAAGCAAGGAAUUGCAUAUAUCCAAAAAUCAAAGGAGCAGUGGUAUUUCAUGAACAAGGUCCCGAGUCAUUUGAUUACAGCAUACGCCUCAAUCAUACCUGGGCUUUCUCUGGUUUUCCUGAUGUUAAAACCAUAAUGGAUACAAAUGGCCCUUUUGUCCGUGACUUGGAACUUGGUGUUAGUGCAAUACCAACAAUGCAGUACAGCUUCAGUGGGUUUUUGACUCUCCAGCAAGUUGUUGAUUCAUUUAUAAUAUUCAUGGCUCAGCAAUCUGACAUAACCCCUAUCACGGAAAGUGUAGAGCAUCCUCUACCACACUCCAAUGAUACCGAUUUGUCUUUGAAAAUUCCUUGGACUCAAUUUAGUCCCGCUCACAUACGAAUGGCUCCCUUUCCCACUCGAGAGUACACUGAUGAUCAGUUCCAGUCAAUUGUGAAGAAUUUCAUGGGGAUUUUGUACUUAUUGGGAUUUCUGUAUCCAAUUUCUCGACUGAUCAGUUAUUCUGUGUUUGAGAAGGAACAGAAAAUUAAGGAAGGGCUUUACAUGAUGGGCCUGAAAGAUGGUGUGUUUUAUCUCUCAUGGUUUAUAACAUAUGCUUUGCAGUUUGCAAUCUCGUCUGGAAUCAUCACAGCUUGCACAAUGGGGAAUUUAUUCAAGUAUAGUGAUAAGACACUGGUGUUUGCAUACUUCUUCGUUUUUGGGCUUAGUGCAAUUAUGUUGUCAUUUUUUAUAUCUACAUUUUUCAAGCGGGCCAAAACAGCUGUAGCAGUUGGAACCCUUUCUUUCCUUGGUGCCUUUUUCCCGUAUUACACAGUGUAUGAUGAGGGAGUCUCUAUUGUCUUAAAGAUUAUUGCUUCUUUGCUUUCACCUACGGCUUUUGCUCUGGGGUCUAUCAACUUUGCUGAUUAUGAGCGUGCUCAUGUUGGACUUCGCUGGAGCAACAUAUGGCGGGAUUCUUCUGGAGUGAAUUUUUUGUUUUGUUUUUUGAUGAUGCUGCUUGAUACACUGCUGUAUUGUGCGAUUGGUCUUUAUCUUGAUAAGGUUCUUCCAAGGGAGUAUGGAUCACAAUAUUCGUGGAACUUUAUUUUCCAAAAGGGAUUUUGGAGGAAGAAACAAGCUGUAAAACAUUGUUUCUCCAAUUCAGACAUAGAAAUUGCUGAUAAGAUUUCCAAGUCAAAGGAAAAUUUUCUAGUAGAAAACGCUAUCAAACCUGCUAUAGAAGCAAUAAGUUUGGACAUGAAACAACAAGAGCUUGAUGGCCGGUGCAUUAAAAUUAGGGAUUUGCAUAAAGUGUAUGCUUCUAAAAGGGGGGCUUGCUGUGCUGUUAACUCAUUACGGCUUACAUUGUAUGAAAAUCAAAUUCUCGCUCUUCUAGGGCACAAUGGAGCUGGAAAAAGCACGACAAUCUCAAUGCUUGUUGGUCUUCUUCCUCCUACUUCAGGGGAUGCGUUGGUGUUUGGAAAGAAUAUUUCAACUGACAUUGAUGAGAUACGGAAGGUUUUGGGUGUCUGCCCCCAAAAUGACAUACUUUUUCCAGAAUUGACUGUGAGAGAACAUCUAGAAAUAUUUGCAGUAUUAAAGGGUGUGGAGGAAGACUGUUUGAAGGAUGUUGUUGCUAAUAUGGUAGAUGAGGUAGGUUUAGCAGAUAAAAUUAACACUCUAGUGGGAGCUCUUUCUGGCGGCAUGAGAAGGAAACUGUCUCUUGGAAUUGCAUUGAUAGGGAACAGCAAGGUUAUAGUUCUUGAUGAG